UCUGCAUUAUCCUAAUAAUACUCAGAAGCUCUUGAGCUAAGGAAAAAUGGCAGGAGGUCUGAAACUGAAACCAGUUGCUGCUGCUAUCAUCAUACUCAACAUACUAUUUUCCAACUGUGUUUCAUUCUGUUGCGCGACAUGCCCUCCGACCCCAAAACCAGUUCCGUUGCCGCCCUCCCCAACACCAGCUAAGUGCCCCAGAGACAUCCUUAAGUUUGGUGUCUGUGGGGACUGGCUGGGGCUUCUCCACGAGGUUAUCGGGACGGAGCCUAGCAGAGAGUGCUGCGCAGUCUUGGAGGGCAUCGCUGAUCUCGAAGCAGCAUUGUGUCUGUGCACUGCAAUCAAGGGGAAUGUGUUAGGCCUUCUGAAAUUUAAAGUGUCAGUUGCCAUAAGUCUGGUGUUCAACUCCUGUGGGAAGAAGGUGCCAGAAGGCUUUUCCUGCUGACAUGGAUUGCACUCUCCUCCACCUGUUUCUUGAUUGUACCUGCUUCUGAUUUUCACUUUGAUUUUGCUGUUUCUGUGUCAAUGGCAUGUCAGUUCCAUUGCUUUUCAUCUGUAAGUAAUAUCAAUGAAGGAGCC